CUUUGAUUAUGCAACUGCUACUUUCAUUGAUCACAUAUGUGAAUGGAAUCGUAACACGUACCCUUCGAAGACAAGCAGAGUGAAUAAUCGAUAUUUCGUGUAACCAAGAAAAACUUUUGCUGUCACAUGUAUAGUUUUAUUUUAUGAUGGUGAAUGAAGAAGGAAGUGGUGAAUCAAAUAAAAAGCCUGCACCUAUCUUUAAAAAUAAAUCGCUUAAAGAAAAAUCUCGAUCUACAAACAAUUCAGGGAAAAAAAGAAUUUGGAGAUCUCUGAAGCAAAUUUUAGCUCAAGAACGUACUUUACCCUGGCCCCCUGAAGCAGUCCAUUACAGCUCAAUAAAUGCACCGCCUAGUUUCAAACCAGCAAAAAAAUACUCCGACAUAUCAGGCUUACCAGCACAUUAUACAGAUCCACAGACAAAGCUGUAUUUCGCAAGUGCAGAUGAAUUUAUGACAGUACGAAGUUUACCGAUGGAUAUUACAGCUGGGUAUUUAGCUCUUCGUGGUGCAUCUAAUAUUGUAGGAUAAAAACUCCUUAAUCUGCAUAUACUUAAUCC